GCUGUUGAAGUGUUGACAUCAAGAAGACUAGAAAGAGAUCUUUCUAGUCUUCUUGGUUGACAUAUAAAAUAAAAAAAAAAAUUGUUCUCAAAUAACAAUACUAAUUGACUUAUUAAAAUUACUAGAAACAUCAAAAAUAUCUACGUAAUAACAAUUUAAUAAAGUUUUAAAUAAAAAGAACAAAUCAAACAAUAUGUCACGACAUAGAGAUGUUCGCGCUUUAAAGUAUUCAGAUGAGUAUGAUGGAUUUGAUGACAUUUAUGGUCACUCUGUUGAGGAUGACAUUGCCAUGUCACCAGGAGAUUCACAAUUCAUCUAUGAUAGAAAUAAAUCAGCUGAUGUGUCAUCAUUUAUGAUCCAAGAAGAUGAUGAAGAACCAACAAGACCAGAAUUAUCUGAACUUGAUACUGCAAGACUUAUGUCUUGUAUUGAAGUUAUAAAAAACGUUAUUGGAGACAAUGUCACUGAGGCAACAAUGACAAAUGAAAUAAUAAAAGCUAAUUUUGAUGCUGAAAUUGCUUUGAAUAAAAUUCUCAAUCCUACAACAUCAACAAAUUUAGCUAGUUCAGAUGCCCAUCAACAUCCAGAACAUCAAUCAGUUAAUUUAGGUGCAAUACCAAAAUAUACAAAAUCAUCUGUAACAACACCAACAAGUAUAAAAGUUGUACCAUCAACAACAAAAACAAUUGUCAAAGGUUUUAAUAUUGGUAAUAAUGAAAAUGAGAAUUAUCUCAGUCCAGUACCAGGUUCAUCAAGAUCACAAAGUCCAAAUUUUAAUUCACAAACAAAUUCACCACGUCAACAACGUAAAGAUGAACAAAAAAAAUUAUGUUUAUCAAAAUCAACAACACCAAGAUGUCAAUCACCAUCAUCUGGUUGUGUUACACCAGAAUUUGAUAAUCGUAUUAAUAAAAUAUAUCAAGAAGAUAAACGUGAUGCAAUGUUAAUAUAUAAAAAAAAUCGUGAUGGUUUAAAAGAACAAUUAAAUCUUGUUGUUGUUGGACAUGUUGAUGCUGGUAAAAGUACAUUACUUGGUAGAUUAUUAUGUGAUUUAAAACAAAUACCACAAAAACUUAUUCAUAAAUAUCAACAAGAAAAUAAAAAAGUUGCAUAUGCUUGGGUAUUUGAUGAAACAAGUGAAGAAAGAGAAAGAGGAAUAACAAUGGAUAUUGGUUAUUCAAAAUUUGAAACUGAUAGUAAAGUUGUAACUCUUUUGGAUGCACCUGGACAUAAAGAUUUUAUACCAAAUAUGAUAACUGGUGCAACACAAGCUGAUGUUGCUUUGUUAGUUGUUGAUGCAACAAGAGGUGAAUUUGAAACUGGUUUUGAUAGUGGUGGACAAACAAGAGAACAUGCUCUUUUACUUCGUUCACUUGGAGUUUCACAAAUAGCAGUUGUAAUUAAUAAAUUGGAUACAGUUGAAUGGUCAAAAGAUAGAUUUGAUGAAAUUGUAAAUAAAAUGAGUGUAUUUUUAAAACAAGCUGGUUUUGGUAAUAAAGUAAGUUUUGUACCUUGCAGUGGAUUGACUGGUGAAAAUCUUGUAACAUCAUCGAAAAUUGAAGCUUUAUCUAGCUGGUAUAGUGGUCCAAAUUUAUUGCAAGUUAUUGAUAGUUUUGAUUGUCCAGAACGACCAAUUUCAAAGCCUUUUCGUUUUUCUGUUAAUGAUAUUUACAAAGGCACAGGAUCUGGUUAUUGUAUAUCUGGUCAUGUUGAAUCUGGAAUGGUUGCUGUGGCUGAUAAAGUUUUAAUAUUACCACCAAAUGAAACAGCAAUUGUCAAAGGAAUACAAGUUGAUGAAAUGACAAUAACAAAUGCAUUUGCUGGUGAUAAUGUUGCACUUACAUUAUCAGGAAUAGAUACACAAAAUAUUAGUAUUGGUGAUAUUAUUUGUUCAAUAUCAAAACCAAUUUCAGUUACAACAACUUUUCAAGCUCAUAUUGUUAUAUUUUCAAUUUUAUAUCCAAUUACAAAAGGAUUAAAUGUUGUUAUUCAUUCACAAUCACUUGUUGAACCAGCAAUUAUAACAAAACUUAUAACUCAACUUCAUAGAAGUACUGGUGAAGUUAUUAAAAAUAAACCAAGAUGUUUACCUAAAAAUUCAAGUGCUAUUGUUGAAAUAACAACAACUAGAUCAAUUUGUCUUGAACUUUAUAAAGAUAUUAAACAACUUGGAAGAAUAAUGAUUCGUUUAUCUGGCACAACAAUUGCAGCUGGACUUGUUACUAAAAUUAAAUAAAUAUUGUUAAUUGUUUUUUUCUUAUAUAACAAUAUUAAUAAUUAUCUCAGGUAUUCAUAUUGUGGGAAAAAAAUAUAUAUUUAAAUUAAUAAAAUAUAAAAAACAAAAUAAUUAUGUUUAUCAAUUUUGUUUAAUUAGUAACAGUUUAUUGAAAUAUUAUUUUUUCAUGAUUUGUUUUAUAUAUAAUAAUUUAAUUUUUAAUUAUUUUUUUAAAUUAAUUAUUAACAUUAGAAGUAAAUAUUUAUAUUUUAUUCAUUUUAUACUCCUGUUGGAAUGUUAAAAUGGCAGCUUGAUAAUAAAACGUUAGUAUAAUUUUGAAAAAAAAAAAAA